ACCAUCGAUCCGGGGGGGUCCGGGGGCCACUGAAGCAACCUCUAUCAUUCCCGGCUCUAAUUUACUGGAAAUUUGCUUGUUCGCUUUGCUCUCUUUCAAGUAAACAAUGGUAGGUACCGGUACCGUUAUUGUGAAAUUGCGAAGUUCGACACCGUCACCGUCGUCUUCUUCGUCUAGUUUGGACCCGGGAUCUAGAAAGACACCAUCGUUUGUCAACACCUUGAAUGGAAACACACAGGCUUCAUGCAACCAAUCAAAAUACUGUGGAUAUUUUUCGUGUAAAAUCCGAAAGAAAAGUAUUGCAAGAUGGAAGAACAUUGCAGCCCAAGAUCACAAGAACCGGACAGUCGUUGGACUUGUAAAAUAUGUACGCUGAUCAAUUCCGGUCAGGUCCACUCCUGUCAAGUCUGUGAAGCACUUCGUCCAGAGGAUGAACCUGUCGUGGUGGACCUGACUAAACAAGAUGGUGAUCCUGGCCUUGGGCAACCGCCUGCUAGGGAUGUACCUGCAAUGUUCAGAGCUGCAAAGAACUAUAUCUCAGACCAGAUAAUUCCAGGAAUAAUAAAUUCUUUCAGCCCACCAUCGAGCCCUCGUUCUCCAUCAGAGUCAGGGAAAUCCCAUGACAAAUUGCCUAUAUCUCCCAGAAAAGGCAAAGGGAUCAAAGUGGAGCUGAGGACUUCAACAACAUCUUCAGCUAAGGACUGGCAUUGUCAACGUUGUACAUUUGCAAAUGAAGAAACAGCUGUAUUUUGUGGCAUGUGUGGGAGCAGGCGCUUGCCAUUUGUUCCGACUGAGAUACCCAACCAUCUUGUUUCUCCCUCCCCUAACGCUGCCACUGCAUUUCCAUUCCCUGAACAACCGUCUGAACCCGAAAAGAAACCCAUCCCUGGUUUGAAUCUUCAGAGUGACAUCCGGGGAGCGUCAGGAGGUGCUUCCCCAGAAUCACCCUUCUAUGCUUCAUCAUCAUCCUCUUCUCCUGUAUGCACUCCGGAGGGAUUUGAUGAAAAUAUAAUUGACUUAACCGAAGAUGACAUGGAACCAUCGUCCCCGGGGACUGGUGCAGGUGACGACACCAAGAAGUACCAGCACAGGACAGCAGUUCGACGGAAAGGUUGGUCUUGUCAGCAGUGUACCUUGAACAACGAAGAAAACUGCAAGGAGUGCAAAGCAUGUGGAUGCAGGAAGUCCAUUCAGGAGGAAGUCAAUGGCAGCAUGUUUCAGCCAAAGGAAAACGAGUGGGCAUGUCAUGUCUGUACUUACAUCAACUUGGACGAGAUGGUCCAGUGUUGCAUGUGCGAAACCCAGCGGCCAUCUGUCAGUGGGGCCGUAGGAGGUGCCGUGUGGAGUUGUUCUGUCUGUAAGUCCAUGAACCCUGAUGAUGCAGCGAGUUGUCAGAAAUGCAGCAAUGAACCCUUCGUGGAUGGGGAGACCACUGUUCAGCGUAGAGCCUUUAAAAGACAGAAGAGUGUCAUGACAGAAUCGAAGAGGAAGCAAGAUGUGGCAGCAGCUCUGGAGAGGCUUAAUACCAUCAGGCAGUCCUGUAAAAUGCUUAAAACAGAGUUUAUUGAUGACAGUUUUCCACCCAAUGUAGACUCCUUGUUUUUCAAGUCGUCUCCUUCCGGGAAGCAGCCCAAGGAUUUUCUGUGGCUACGUCCCUCUGCAGUUCAACUCAAAGCUAGAGAUGAUAGCCCUCUUUCUUGGGAGGUGUUUAGGAAUCCUAAACCGAGUGACAUAUCGCAGGGAUUGCUCGGAAAUUGCUGGUUCCUAAGUGCCCUAUCCGUUCUUGCAGAGCGAGCAGAUCUACUGAAGCGUAUCAUGAUAACCCACGAGGUAAACCAAGAAGGGGCUUACCAAGUUCGGUUGUGCCAUGACGGCAUCUGGGAUAUGGUACUGAUAGAUGAUCUCUUGCCUUGCCAGGAGCAAGGUUUCUUGGUGUACUCUAAGGCCAAGAGGAAGCAGCUAUGGGUGCCAUUGAUAGAGAAAGCCUUGGCCAAGAUGAGUGGUUGCUAUGAAGCAUUGACUGCAGGAAGAUGCAUUGAGGGCCUGGCGACUCUGACAGGUGCACCAUGUGAGAGUGUGCAGUUACACCCAACUGGUAAAGGUCGGAAGCCAGCAGAUCCUAACCUGGUAUGGGCCAAGCUGUUGAGUGCCAAAGAAGCUGGUUACUUAAUGGGAGCAUCUUGCGGUAGUGGGAAUAUGAAGAUAGACCCACAACUUUACCAAGAUGUGGGACUUAGACCAAGACACUCGUACUCUGUGCUCGAUAUCCAAGACAUUUGUAACAACAGAUUGAUUCAGCUGCGGAAUCCAUGGGGUCAUUUCUCUUGGAAUGGGGCGUGGUCAGAUGGCUCUGCUCUAUGGACCGACGUCAUGAAGGAGGCCCUCAUGGUCCACGGUGCUAGUGAGGGAAUCUUCUGGAUGUCACUUGAUGACAUGAUAAAGUACUUUGAUUGCAUAGACAUCUGUAAAGUUCGACCAGAGUGGUCUGAAAACAGACUCGAAGGGACUUUCCCUCCCUCCUCAGCCACACCCAUGAAGGUCAUAAUUCUCAAGGUCACCGAGGCGACUGAAGUAGAUUUCACUAUCUACCAGACAUGGAGGAGGCUGGAGAAAGCAUCUCGAAACCCACUUGACCUGACCUUGAUAGUCAUGCGUUCCAUGGGAAUGACGACCAGAAAUAUGUCAAAGGUCAUGACCUUCUGUAAGCGUCAACUAAGAGCGUUUGUAGGUUGCAGUGCUUUCCUGGACCCAGGGAUCUAUGUGAUUGUACCUCUUGCUUUCAACCAUUGGAAAACGGGACAACCAACAGGAGGUCCAUCUAAAUCAGCGGUCAGCAAUGCACACAACUACACGCUAGCAAUACACAGCGCAAAGCCCAUAGAAGCAAGGCAGAUGACAGGCUCUAGUAGCUGUUUGGCUGAUGCCGUUAUACAACUCGCAAUACAGAAAGGCAAGAGACAUGAGGGUCGAGAAGGGGUAACAUGUUACUAUCUAGACCAUGGCUGGGCGGGGAUAUUCAUUGUGAUUGAGAAUCGUCGGCCCGACUCAAACCUCCACAUCAAAUGCGACUGCAAUGGAAGCUUCAAUGUUACAUCGACAAGAGGGGAUCUGGUCACAGUAGACUGCGUACCAAAACUGCACAGGCAAGUGUUAACAGUUUUAACUCAAGUAGUUGAUUCAACUUACACGAUAUGUCAUCACAUCACCCACCGUCUCUCAGCUAGCAAAGACCUCCAUCCCUGGGCGCCAUCUGGGCUCGUCAACUCGCCAAUCUUGACUAAAGACAUCUCGGGUUUGCACAGUCCUAGACCAAUAUGAUCUGUUAUGUCUGUCUUUAUUUAUGGCCCUGUCACAUCUUUCCAUGCAAGCCUUGCGAGUGAUUGCCCGCAACUCACCCGCAACAACGUUUGGAGCAUGUUCAAGACCUUUUCUGCGUGCAAAUCAGUCUUGCGAGAUACCGUCAAUGCGAGCGACCUAUUG